AUGGUAGCCUUUCCAGACUAUGUGAUACUGGAGAUCUAUCCUAAUGGAGACCAUAACAUAGCAAAACGGCUGUCCCCAUCUGAAGUGAAAUCGCGAACAGUCAGCAAGUUAGCAGUAGCCAUUAUCGGAAUGAAACGGUUAAACGACGUGAACGGUCUAACGGUUUCUGCGCUCGAUCGACAACAGUUUCUGUGCUCCAUGGACGAUAGCGCGGACCAAUCAGGCGCAGGUCGUGUGAGUGCAACACACGCAACAACAUACUUCACGGGUAGCCGUUUCCGUUGCUGCUGUGGUUUACUGCCGAUUAGUGUGAUGGUAUUUUCAUGUGCAAAAAAUAAACCACAUCACUUGUCCUAUGGAAUUCUGGAUAUGGACGGACGUCGAUUCGAGAUCAACGGGAACAAUUCGGCUACAUUUGGUGAAAACCCCAGCAAUGAUUCUAUCACAGAUUCAUCAGGCAUUCGUGAAAGGUGA